AUGGCUGGCCUUGCGUACGCCCACGAUCCACUGUCCAACUCAACCUCACCGAAGCUGCCAGCAACUCAGAUGCCACCCGGCGCUUCAGACGACGAGACGUACGAGAGGCUCGGUCGUAGUGACACCGAGUCUGACGAGGUGCAUGACUCAAGCGACAAGGGCGAGGAGGGGGAUGAAAGGGAAAGCGGCGCCAGUGGUGAAAGCGGGGGAGGGGUUCAAGGGGACUUCCGUCACCAGCGUCACCACACGCAAGAACAGGGUGAAUCCGAUUCGAGCGCCGAUGAGCGCCAGGACGAGCAGCAAGGGGCACGUGCCAGUUCGGACGAGGCGUCCACGGAGGAGAUGGAGGACGGCAUGCUGCCGCGCGACGUGCCUCCGAAGACGGCCGUUUAUGACCUGCUCACCGAGCGCCAGAUGACCGAGGUCGAUGCGAAGCUGUUCUACCAGCGAAGCCAGGCCGAACACCUGCACUCUGGCCCCGUUUCCCACAUGUCACCGCCGGGGAGCCCGCCCUUGGGAGGAGGCGGUUUCGCCGGCGUCGGAUCCCAAAUGCACAGCCCAAUCCUCACUUCAAACUUGGCUCACAGCUUCAGCAAUCUCAGGCUGGCCGAGCAGGCCGGCGACUGGGGAGGUAUGCCGGAGCCGGCAUCCAAGAGAGAUCCCAGCUCCUACGGCACCGAAAGCCUUGCCAACAGCAGAGUGAACAGCUACGCCCAGCUCAACACCGCGGUCACGGCAGGCUACAGCACGCAGCCAGACGCGGCAGCCAUACUUCGGCAACAACAGCAAUACCUGAACUCAGGGGCCGUCCAUGGCAUCGGCAGCAGCACAUAUGCCGAUGCUGACCCCCAGCUCGAUGCGGAGCUUCGCACGAUUUUCAAAAAUGUUCAAAAGGUGUUGGAUAUUCGGAAGAAGUACAUUGCUCUUUCGCUCCAGGGCCCCAAUGACAAUCCCAAAGACCAGCCCGGCUGGCGCAUCUACCCGCCGCCCCCCGAGCCGGCGUGGCCCGAGGAGCAGGAGAAGUAUGCACGUGGAGCAAGUACGCAGGCUCCAACCAGUGCACCCAACAGUCUGCAGAACAGCAUGGUACUGGACCCAGAAAAGCAGCGUUCCGGCGACCAGGCACCGCCGUCGACUUCGGCUCCGGCCUCGGGACAAGUGCCACCUGAGACGCCACGCAAGUCGAAGGCGAAGAAGCGCAAGCCUGGUCAGGACAUCGGCGAAGACUUCGACAUGGAUGAUCUUCUGCCGCUGCCCGGAUCGUGUGAGGAGGUUUUCCGCUUAGACGAGAACGGCGUCUACCAGGUCUAUGACAACGAGGAAGCCAUGGAGAAGGAAAGACCGAUCGUUAAGGUGCCCACUAUUAAGGAGUACUACCUGGACCUCGAAGAGAUCCUUAAUGCCUCGUCAGACGGCCCGACAAAGAGCUUUGCCUUCCGGCGGUUGCAGUACCUGGAGGGCAAAUUCAAUCUCUACAUCCUGCUCAACGAGUACCAGGAGACGGCAGACAGCAAGCGGGUACCGCACCGUGACUUCUACAACGUGCGUAAGGUAGACACACACGUUCACCACUCGGCCUGCAUGAACCAGAAGCAUCUGCUGCGCUUCAUCAAGAGCAAGAUGAAGAAGUCCCCGGACGAGAUCGUACUGUACAGAGACGGGAAGUACCUGACGCUGAAGGAAGUGUUUGAGAGCAUCAACCUGACCGCCUACGACCUGAGUAUCGAUACGUUGGAUAUGCACGCCCACAAGGACUCGUUCCAUCGGUUCGACAAGUUCAACCUCAAGUACAAUCCAGUCGGCGAGUCGCGGCUUAGGACCAUCUUCCUCAAGACCGACAACCUGAUCAAGGGACGGUACCUUGCCGAGAUCACCAAGGAGGUGAUUGCCGAUCUCGAGUCGAGCAAGUACCAGAUGGUCGAGUGGCGCAUCUCCAUCUACGGCAAAUCCCCCGACGAGUGGGAUAAGCUGGCGGCGUGGGUUGUUGACAAUAAGCUGUUCUCGCACAACGUCCGCUGGCUGAUCCAGAUCCCACGUCUCUACGAUGUUUACAAGUCGAGCGGUCUAAUGGACUCGUUCGAGCAGAUCGUUCGCAACGUCUUCCAGCCGCUGUUCGAGGUGACCAAGGAUCCAACGAGCCACCCGAAACUACACGUGUUCCUCCAGCGCGUAGUCGGCAUCGACAGCGUUGACGACGAGAGCAAGGUUGAGCGUCGGCUAUUCAAAAAGUUCCCUGUGCCGCGGGUGUGGGAUAGCAAGCAGAAUCCUCCUUACACGUACUGGAUCUACUACCUGUAUGCGAACCUGGUCUCGCUGAAUCACUGGCGCAAGCGCCGUGGCUUCAACACAUUCGUGUUGCGGCCUCACUGCGGUGAAGCGGGCGACAGCGAGCACUUGGCCGUGGCGGCCCAGUGCUGCCACAGCAUUAGCCAUGGUCUGCUGCUCCGCAAGGUCCCGCUGUUGCAGUACAUCUUUUACCUGGAGCAAAUCGGCAUUGCCAUGUCGCCGCUGAGUAAUAAUGCGUUGUUUUUGGCGUACGAACGUAACCCGUUCCUGCAGUACUUCAAGCGCGGGUUGAACGUGUCGCUGUCAACAGACGAUCCGCUCCAGUUCGCGUUCACCAAGGAGCCGCUGAUGGAGGAGUAUGCGGUCGCGGCGCAGAUUUAUAAGCUCAGCUCAGUUGACAUGUGCGAGCUGGCGAAAAACUCGGUCAAGCAGAGCGGUUACGAGUUUGCGAUCAAGCAGCAGUGGCUGGGCAAGGACUUCUACCUGCCCGGUGCCAGGGGUAACUCUAUGAUCAAGACCAACGUCCCGGAUCGGCGAGAGGAGUUUAGGUAUCAUACGCUGCUGGAGGAGCGCAGGCUCGUGGAGAUGUACGCACACAAAUCAGAUGAACCCACGACGGGUCCCUCGCUCCCUGCCAAGUCGCCCGAACUCUCAUCCAGCCACCUAUCUGGGAGCCCCAUGACCACCGAACCGAAACAGCAACCGCACCUACAGCAGCGGAACAUCAGCCACAUCUCCCUUCCCCAGGCGGCUCGCAUGGGUUCACCUAGUCCUGGUCCCGCUCCCGGUUCGGCGCCUGCAUCCCGCAGUGUCAGCUGGGCAAACGUCGGCACGCAGACCGACAGCCCCCAUCUACACAGCUCGAUGAGCCAGUCCCAGCUGCUGGGUGCUGCUGGCGCGGGAGGGAUGACGCCCAUGAUGAUGAUGCCAUCGCCGAUGAUCCCCGUUGGGGAACCGAGCGCCAUUGGAGAGCAGAUGUCGAUGAGUGGAAGCGGCCAUUGGACACCGGCGGCGGCAGAUUCAGCGCGCGAGUUGCACUUGUCGGGGGUUGAGCCUAGGUACUUCCCUGGUAUGGUGGCCAGGAGUCAGAAGAGGAGGGGUAGUGGACGGCAGUCUUCGAUGCAUGAGUCUGAUAAUAAGUGA